CAUUCACCAUUUCUCAACCCCUGCCAUGGCAGCGGAACUUGUUGGUGGUGCUCUUCUUUCCGGUUUUCUUCAGGUUGCAUUCGACAGGCUGGCUUCUCCUCAAGUUGUACAGUUCUUUCGUGGAAGAAAACUUGAUGAGAAGCUGCUUAGCAAACUGAACAUCGUGCUGCACUCAAUCAAUGAUCUCGCUGAUGAUGCUGAACAAAAACAGUUCAGAAAUCCACACAUCAAAGCUUGGCUUUUUGCUGUCAAAGAUGUUGUCUUCGAUGCAGAGGAUCUCUUGAAGGAAAUAGAGUAUGAACUCACCAGAUGCCAAGUGGAAGCUGGAUCAGACCCACAAACCCUUACUUCCAAGGUAUCAAAUUUCUUCAACUCUACUUUCAGUUCAUUUAACAAGAAAAUUGAAUCAGAGAUGAAAGAUGUCCUAGAAAAACUAGAAUAUCUUGCAAAGCAAAAGGGUGCUCUCGGUUUGAAAGAGGGUAUUUACUCUGGUGAUGGAUCAGGUAGCAAAGAGUCACAGAAAUUGCCAUCUUCUUCUUUGGUGGUUGAAAGUGUUAUUUAUGGCAGAGAUGCAGACAAAGAAAUGAUUUUAAAUUGGCUCACAUCUGAAACUGAGAAUCAUGACCAGCCAUCAAUACUUUCCAUUGUGGGAAUGGGUGGGUUGGGUAAGACCACACUCGCCCAACAUGUAUACAAUGACCCAAAGAUAGAGGAGGCUAAAUUUGAUAUCAGAGCUUGGGUUUGUGUUUCCGACCAUUUUGAUGUUUUGAUAGUGACAAAAACAAUUCUUGAGGCAAUCACUAAAUCUAAAGAUGAUAGCGGAGACCUGGAAAUGGUUCAUGGAAGAUUGAAAGAAAAAAUAUCAGGAAGGAAAUUUCUUCUUGUUCUGGAUGAUAUUUGGAACGAAAGACGAGAAGAAUGGGAAGCUGUGCGAACUCCUCUUAGUUGUGGGGCACCAGGAAGUAGAAUUAUUGUGACAACACGUGGUGAGAAAGUUGCUUCUAACAUGAUGUCUGAAGUGCAUAGGCUAAAGCAAUUAGAAGAAGAGGAAUGUUGGAAACUUUUUAAAAAGCAUGCACUAAAAAAUGAUGAUGAUGAAUUGAAUGAUGAGAGAAAGGAGAUUGGCAAAAGAAUAGUUGAAAAGUGCAAAGGAUUACCUCUUGCUCUGAAAACAAUUGGAAGUGUUCUUCGCACAAAGUCAUCCAUUUCAGAUUGGCAAAGCGUACUGGAAAGCGACAUAUGGGAUUUAUCCAAAGAAGUUGAAAUUAUGCCUGCUCUACUAUUAAGUUAUCAGCACCUUCCUUCUCAUCUCAAGAGGUGCUUUGCUUAUUGUGCAUUAUUUCCAAAAGAUUAUGAAUUUGACAAGAAGGAAUUAAUUUUGUUGUGGAUGGCUGAAGGUUUUCUCCAUCACUCUCAACAUAUCAAUAAUGUAGAAGAAAUUGGUGAACAGUAUUUUGAAGAUCUACUAACGAGGUCAUUCUUUCUUCAAUCAAGCAUCAAAACACGUUUCUCUAUGCAUGACCUUCUGAAUGAUUUGGCAAAAUAUGUUUGUGCAAACUUCUGUUUCAGAUUCAAAUUUGAUAAAGGAAAUUUUGUACCCAACACAACCCGUCAUUUUUCAUUUAGAUUGGAAGACGCAAGAUGUUUUGAUGGUUUAGGGAGCUUAACUGAUGCUAAAAGAAUGCGUUCAUUUCUUCCAAUUAGAGAAACUGCAACAACUAAAUCUUACCAUUAUAAGCUUCCUUGUCAAUUCAAGACUUUGAUACAUGAAUUGUUCUCCAAGUUGAAGUUUUUACGCGUAUUAUCUUUGGAUGGAUAUUCCGAUCUAAGAGAGGUACCUGAUUCUGUUGGUGAUCUUAAACAUCUUCAUUCGUUAGACCUUUCGCGUACUUACAUCCAAAAACUACCUGAGUCAAUCAGUGUGCUCUAUAACUUGCUAAUACUGAAGUUGAACGGUUGUUCAUAUCUGGAGGAAUUGCCCUCAAAUUUGCAUAAACUCACCAAAUUGCAUUGUCUGGAAUUUGAAGAUACAAAAGUGACAAAGAUGCCAUUGAAUUUUGAAGAAUUGAAGAAUCUUCAUGUAUUGAAUAUGUUUUUGGUCGAUAGAAAUGGUGAGUCCAGUGUUAAGCAGCUAGGAGGACUCAAUCUUCAUGGAAAGCUAUCAAUUAAUGAGGUGCAGAAUAUUGUGAAUCCUUUAGAUGCAUUAGAGGCAAAUUUGAAAGAUAAACACCUUGUGGAGCUACAGUUAGAAUGGAAGUCGAACCAUGUCUGUGAUGAUUCAGAGAAAGAAAAGAAAGUACUUGAGAAUCUACAACCUUCCAAACACUUGGAACAUUUGUCAAUCACGAACUAUGGUGGUACACAACUCCCAAGUUGGGUCUUCAAUAAUUCAUUAUCAAAUUUGGUGUUCUUACGUUUGAAGAGCUGUAAGUAUUGCGUAUGUUUGCCUUCCCUUGGACUUUUGUCAUCUUUGAAAACCCUUGAGAUUAUAGGGCUUAAAGGAAUAUAUAGCAUUGGUGUUGAAUUUUAUGGGAGCAACUCUUCGUUCAUGUCCUUGGAAACAUUGAAUUUCAUCGACAUGAAGGAAUGGGAAGAAUGGGAAUGUAAAACUACUUCUUUUCCACGUCUUCAACAUCUUUUUGUGAAUAGAUGUCCCAAGCUGAAAGGUCUAUCAAACCAACUUCUUCAUUUAAAGCAUCUAGUUAUUUGUUACUGUGAUAAGCUCAUCAUUAGCGAGACCAACAUGGACACACGAUCGCUUGAAUUCCUGAAAUUGAAUUCAUGUCCACUUGUGAGUAUUCCCACUACGCAUUAUAAUUUACUUAAAGAAAUGUCAAUUGACGAUGGCUGUGACUCUCUUACAACCUUUUCGCUAGAUUUCUUUCCAAAUCUCUGUUAUCUUUAUUUGAGAAGAUGUCGAAACCUACAAAGAAUUUCACAGGAGGACACUCAUAAUCAUCUCCAGAGAAUGACAAUUGCGGUAUGCCCUCAAUUUGAAUCAUUUCCUACGCAGAAUUUGAAGUUGUUGCCAAAACACAUGCAAGUCCUGCUUCCUUCUCUAAAUCAACUAUGGAUAAUUGAUUGUCCACAAGUGGAGAUGCCUCCGGAUGGAGGUUUGCCAUCAAAUGUUAAACAUAUGCAUCUUUCAAAUGUUAAACUUAUGGCCUCCAUGAGAGUGAACUUGGAUAACACUUUGCAAAUUGGAAAGCUGGACGUGGAGUGCUUUCCGGACGAAGGUUUGUUGCCACGCUCUCUCACCACUCUACUAAUUACUGAGAGCCCCAAUCUUAAAAGGCUAAACUAUAAGGGUCUCUGCCACCUCUCCUCUCUCACACUUAAUGGGUGCACCAACCUUGAAUGCUUACCAGAGGAAGGUAUACCCAAAUCCAUCUCUUCUCUUACAAUCUGGGGUUGUCCAUUGCUCCAAAAACGUUGUCAGAAUCCAGAAGGCAAAGACUGGGAAAAGAUUGCUCACAUUCAACAACUGAGAGUUGGGAAAUGGGAAUAA